CUUUUCUCCUCCCAUCUCAUCUUGCUAGCUGAUCAAUAUGCUCUUCCUUCUCCUGGCCACUGUCCUGCCCGCUCUGGCAAACCCCCUCGAGCGCCGCACGACCAUCGCCUCGGACGAGAUCGUCGGCUUCCCGCAGACUGUCCCGGACAACACGACGGGCGAUGUCUACCUGGCCUACCAGCCCUAUCUUUACGUCAUAAACGGCUGUGUUCCUUUCCCGGCCGUCAAUGCCGAGGGAGAGACAAAUGCCGGUCUCAAACCCACAGGCGCCCAAGACGGCGACUGCUCGUCCAACACCGGGCAGAUCUACGUGCGCGGAACCGAAUACGGCGACUACUACGCCCUGAUGUAUGCGUGGUACUUCCCCAAGGACGAGCCGUCGUCCGGGCUGGGCCACCGACACGACUGGGAGGGAGCCAUUGUCUGGCUGAGCGACGCCACGUCCACCUCUGCCGACAACAUCCUGGCCAUUUGCCCUUCUGCGCACGGCAAAUGGGACUGCACGACCGAUCUGAGCAUUGACGGGACCAAGCCGCUGAUCGACUACUACAGCAUCUGGCCGUUGGAUCACUGCUGCGGUACCACCACGACUGUUGGAGGCACCCAGCCCUUGAUUGCCUGGGAGUGUCUGCCGGAGGUUGCGCAGGAGGCUCUGGAUACCACCGACUUUGGAGAUGCCAUUGUUCCCUUUAUUGAUGCCCAUUUCGAGACCGAUCUCGGUCUGGCCACUUGGUGAUCAUCUAUGAUAACAUAUUAUGUGUAUGACAUUAUGUGUAUGACAUAUUUUUCAUGAAUAUAACAG